AUGGCCGAGGGAAGCGAGGCGCGCCGCGCGCAGGCGUGGUGGUCGCGCAUGACGGGCGGUCUGACGGCGCCUGUGCGCAACUAUCCGGUGCAUUCUGUGAAUGAAGACGAGUCGAAAGAAGAUCUCGUAGCCAAGCAGCGCUGUGAGCAAUGGAAGGACGACCUGCUGCGCACCAGUCCGAUGGUGCGCUUCAUGGUCAAGCACCUCGCGCUGAUUGACUGCAACCCGGUGACGCCGCGCGAGCAGACGGACGUGAGCCAGCUGCAAGCGCCGCCGAAGCUGCUCAUCUCGACGUGCCCGCCCGACAUUGCCGGCGGCUUUUCGCCUUCCGCGCCGGGCCGGCCGACGUCCGAAGCCGGCAUCCUCCUGUGCGCGAACCGCAUCUACAGCAAGUCGCACCUGGAGGACACGCUCUCUCACGAAAUGAUCCACUGGUGGGACCACUGCCGCUUCAAGGUCGACUGGAGCAACUUGCGCCAUCAUGCCUGCAGCGAGAUCCGGGCCGCGUCGCUCUCGGGCGACUGCCGCUUUAUGCGUGAGAUGCACCGCCGCAACUACUCCUUCCUGCGGCAACACCAGAACUGCACCAAGCGUCGCGCGGUCCUCUCUGUGCGCUCGAAUGCGGCGUGUCCUGACGAAGAAACGGCGAUCCGCGUCGUGGACGAGGUGUGGGACAGCUGCUUCAACGAUACCCGGCCAUUUGAUGAGAUCUAUUAG